GAAGGAGGCAUUUGAACCUCAGAACCCUCUUCUUUCUUGAAAGCCAGAGCUAGCCAGGCUCCCAGCAGACACCAUGGCUUGCUGCAUCACCCGCGGCUGCAGUGUCCCCUCUGGCCCCGCCACCACCAUCUGCUCCGCAGACAAGUCCUGCCGCUGCGGGGUCUGCCUGCCCAGCACCUGCCCACACACUGUCUGGCAACUGGAGCCCACCUGCUGCGACAACUGUCCCCCACCCUGCCACAUUCCCCAGCCCUGUGUGCCCACCUGCUUCCUGCUCAACUCCUGCCAGCCAACCCCGGGCCUGGAGACCAUCAACCUCACCACCUUCACCCAGCGCUGCUGCGACCCCUGCCUCCCCAGCGGCUGCUGACAUGUGACUGGCCCAACAUGGUGACCCCGGCAGAUCUCUAGUCAGUAUUCACCUGCCACAGAAGAUUAACAGAUGGCCCAGAGGCGGGAACCCUACCUUUGCCUCUAAUGGAGAGAAAGCCAAGAAAUUCCUCUCUGGUUAUUUGACUAACAAUUUGGUUCAUUUGAGCAGGUGCAAGUCUUCCAUUAUCAAAAUGCUAUGAAAACCUCUAAGACUUCAGACUUUCAAGACCUUCUUGGUUAUGUUGCUUCCUGGAUCUUAUUUCCCAUACUCAACAGUUUCAUAAAAGCAAAGGAACCUGCCGAUGGGUUUUCUAAUAAACUUUAUUUCUCUGGG